AUGUUGCUCACUCCAUUACUUGUCCUCGCCACAUUCCUAGAGCCUUCUUCCUCGUGUGUCGACCACGAUUGGACAUCCCCGGUCCUGGGAGGCUACGUCGACCAUGGCUUGAUGAGAAGACAUGACCUCGCUAAACGCAUCCAGCCAGCUGCUCUUCCCACCCCGCCACAACAGAUCAAGGACUUGCAUUGGGGCCAGAUCAAUUUCCUUCACACGACAGACACCCAUGGCUGGCUCGCGGGCCAUUUGCUGGAUGACAAUUACAGCGCCGACUAUGGCGACUUUGCCGACUUUGUGCAGAAGAUGAAGGCCAAAGCGGAUGUGCUGGGUGUCGACCUCCUCCUCAUCGACUCGGGGGAUUUGCACGACGGCACCGGCUUUGGAGACGCCACAACACCCAAUGGAGAGCUCACGCUGCCCGUUUUCAAGAGACUCCCGUACGAUUUGUUGUCGAUUGGCAACCAUGAGCUUUAUACGACCCCGAUUGCCAAUGACACAUUCCACAACUUUGCUCCGAACUGGGGCGGCCGCUACAUCACCUCCAACGUCGAGUUCAAUCUCACUGGGACUCCCACCCCCUUUUCCAACCGCUAUGCCUAUUGGGAGACAAAGAUGGGCAUCCGCAUGAUGGCCUUUGCAUUUAUUUUCAAUUUCACCGGUAACAGUAAUGCAACGAUUGUGACUCCGGUCGGUGACGCGGUCAAACAAUCUUGGUUCCAGCAACAGGUCCAGAGGGCUGAUGUUGACAUGUUUCUGGUCGCAGGACACAUCACUCUUCGCGACUCCACGGAAUGGGGUCUGAUCUACGCGGCUAUCCGCCAACACCAUCCUACCACCCCGAUUCAGAUCUUUGGUGGUCAUCGACAUGUGCGUGACGCCGUGGUCUUUGAUGCGUCGGCGGUGGGCAUUGCUUCGGGAAGAUAUUGCGAGACGGUGGGGUGGGUGUCUGUCAAUGGCUUGCCCAGCCGUGUCACCAAAGCCAAAUCGCCUAUGGGAAAUGCUACCCGGAUCACCCAGAAACCCGCCAACUUCCCUGGGGUCAAGCCCAACCCAGAUUCCACCUUAUCCUACUCGAGACAAUAUCUGGACUUCAACCGGUACAGUUUUGAAUUUCACACCGGCACUAAUGAGCAGACGUUCAAUUCCAGCUUGGGUGUGACGAUCAGCAGGAACAUCACCGCCGAAGUGGACAGUCUCCCAGCAUUGACCAACAAGCUCGGCUGCUGCCCGAACAACUACUAUCUGGACCGGUUCCCCCUCAGCUCCAACCAGAGUUUGUUCAACUACCUUACGAAUGUCGUGUUUCCUGCCGUCGUGGUCGCUCCUAACCGAACCAACAUGCCACGCAUAAUCCUGACCAACACUGGUGGCUUCCGCUAUGAUCUACUGAAGGGGCCCUUUACGAUCGACAAUGCAUAUCAGACGAAUCCGUACACCAACUAUUGGCUAUACAUGACGGCCCCCUGGUCCUCAGCGAAGAACUUGCUCUCGAACAUGCAGACCGACAAAGUCUACAAACGCGACCCCGUUCCCGUCAACGCUACGACCUUGGUCAAAACAACAGGAUAUGUGACCAAGGACGAUCUCGGCACCGACGGGGACAAUAUCAUCCACAUCAACCAGGGCGUUGCCUCCACCCCCCACUACGUGCAAGCCAAUGUCAGUGUCGGAACCAACACGUCGGACACGACGUUGGUAGAUGUAUAUGUAACGAGUUUCUUCUCGGCCGCAGCAGCGAAGUACCUGAGUGGCAACACCACUGAUUGGGUCAGUGCGGAUGGAACUUUUUCGAGUUUUGACACAUUGCCUCGAAUGGCACAAUUACAUUGGAACAAGGAUUGUUGA